CGUAGUCGUGUGUUCAGCACUGCUCGCUGGUACUGUAUACAUCGAUGCUAGAGUUAGUGAGCUUGCGCCACGCUAGCGCCGUACAUUAACAGUGCUUUCUCAGUUCUUCGAGUCUCAAAUGAUACUUUCAGGCGUUUUCAAUUCUUGAUUCUCUUCUCCCUCUCUCUUUUUCUCUUUUUCUCUCUCUCUGUCUCUCUCUCUCUCUCUCUUUCCUUCUCUUUCUCUUUCUUCCCGUUUCUAUUUCUCCUUCUCCUUUUUCGCCUUUUAAUUCCCCUUAUCUCUCUUUUCCCCUACUUUUGUGUAUAUCAUCAUUUUUGCAUUUAUCUUCUUUGUGAUUAACGUUACUCUAAACAAUUAGUGAGGCUUCUCGACGAACAGUAUUUCUUCGAUUGUUCCAAGAGGAGGGAAGAAAAGAAAAAUGAAGAGAAUCCUUCAUUCUAUCGUUAUCACUCUAUGCAGUAUUCUUCUGUUCUUGUGCUAUAGCGGUGUUGAUGCUAUACAAUGUUAUCAGUGCAACAGUCGCAAUAAUAGCCAAUGCGCCGAUCUUGUUCCUCCAGAAUCCAUGAAGACGGAUUGUUCGGAACUCAAGGAUGGCGCAAAGUUUACAAUGUGCCGCAAAAUUACACAAGUCAUCGAGUUUAGCGUCAACGGUCUACCACCCGAUACGCGAGUUAUUCGUGGAUGCGGAUGGGAUGAAACAAAUUAUAAGGGCAAGUGUUAUCAACGAAGUGGAUUUGGAGGUAGACAAGAAGUUUGCUCUUGUUUAAAUGAUUACUGUAAUGCGGCAACGCCUGGACCCGGGAUCUUGCCGCCUCAAAGCCUCAUUCUUUCAUGCGCUCUAAUCAGCAUGCUACUAGCGUUUUUACGAAAUUAAUUGUUGUUAAAAGAUAUCAAAAUUCUCCUCAUAGAAUAUGUGAGACAAUGAUAAGCGGAAACUGGAAAUUAGGGGAAAAGUAGGAAGAUUUAAUAUAUUAAGCGUGCUUUUUUUCCUGACACGAGUUUGUGUUCGAAGAUAAGUUACUGAAAAUAACGCAUAGUAAAUAAAAGAUAAAAAAAAUAAUUUUACAUCAUAUAUAAGUGGCAGAGAAUAUACAAUAAGAUGAAAGAUUUUUCACCUAUCGAGAGGAAUUUAAAAAAAUACCUUCGGGAUUUAUAU